UAGGGCUCGUAAUUUGACAGGGGUCUUUUGGACUGUUCGUGAGGGGAGUACCUUGUCAGUUUGACCGCUUUCUGCAUCCGACUCUGCCCUCGGCACACCUCUUUUCUUCCCUUUCAUUGCCCCCUCCCCCACCUGGUCCAAAGAUGUCCAAGAAGGGCCCAAACGAGGAUGAGAAGUUCCUCUUUGUUGACAAGGACUUCCUGAACAGCCCCAUGGCUCAGGCCGACUGGGCCGCCAAGAAACUGGUGUGGAUUCCUUCUGAGAGACAUGGCUUUGAGGCUGCGAGCAUCAAGGAGGAGCACGGCGACGAAGUCCUGGUGGAGUUGGCUGACAAUGGCAAGAAGGUGACAGUCAACAAGGAUGACAUCCAGAAGAUGAACCCACCCAAGUUCAGCAAGGUGGAAGACAUGGCUGAGCUCACCUGCCUCAACGAGGCCUCGGUGCUGCAUAAUAUCCGCGAGAGGUACUUCUCAGGCCUUAUUUAUACAUACUCCGGCCUGUUCUGUGUGGUGGUCAACCCCUACAAGAUGCUGCCCAUUUACUCUGAGAAGAUCGUUGAAAUGUACAAAGGCAAGAAGAGGCAUGAAGUUCCCCCACACAUCUAUUCCAUCACAGACAACGCCUACAGAAACAUGAUGCAAGAUCGGGAGGACCAAUCCAUUCUCUGCACUGGGGAGUCUGGCGCUGGCAAGACAGAGAACACCAAGAAAGUCAUCCAGUAUUUGGCUGUAGUGGCCUCAUCACACAAAGGCAAGAAGGACAGCAGUGCUCAACAAUCAGGAUCACAGUUUGCCUACGGAGAGCUAGAGAAGCAGCUUCUACAGGCCAAUCCCAUCCUGGAGGCUUUCGGGAAUGCCAAGACCAUCAAAAAUGACAAUUCCUCCCGCUUUGGCAAAUUCAUCCGAAUCAACUUUGAUGUGACAGGCUACAUUGUUGGAGCCAAUAUUGAGACCUACCUCCUGGAGAAGUCUCGUUGUAUCAGACAGGCAAAAAUAGAAAGAGCCUUCCAUAUCUUCUACUAUAUGAUUGCUGGUGCCAAGGACAAAGUUCGAGAGGAGCUUCUUCUGGAGCCCUUCAGUAACUACCGCUUCCUAGUUGCGGGCCAUGUCCAGAUCCCGGGCCAGCAGGAUGAUGAGAUGUAUGAGGAGACGAUGGAGGCCAUGACAAUCAUGGGCUUUACGGAUGAGGAGCGAAUUGAUAUCCUGAAGGUGUGUUCAACGGUCAUGCAGCUGGGAAACAUUGAGUUUAAGAAAGAAAGGAACCAAGAGCAGGCCACCAUGCCUGACAACACAGCGGCUCAGAAGGUGUGUCACCUGCAGGGCAUAAAUGUGACAGACUUCACUCGUGCCAUCCUCACGCCUCGAAUCAAAGUUGGCAGAGAGGUGGUGCAAAAAGCACAGACCAAAGAGCAGGCUGACUUUGCUAUUGAAGCCCUGGCAAAGGCUGUGUUUGAGCGGCUGUUCCGCUGGAUCCUAGGCCGAGUCAACAAAGCCCUGGACAAGACCAAACGUCAAGGGGCCUCCUUCCUGGGUAUUCUCGAUAUCGCUGGCUUUGAGAUCUUUGAGGACAACUCCUUUGAGCAGCUGUGCAUCAAUUACACCAAUGAGAAGCUGCAGCAGUUAUUCAACCACACCAUGUUCAUCUUGGAGCAGGAGGAGUACCAGAGAGAAGGCAUCGAGUGGAACUUUAUAGAUUUUGGUUUGGACCUACAGCCCUGCAUAGAGCUCAUCGAGAGGCCGAACAACCCUCCAGGCAUUCUGGCCUUGCUGGAUGAAGAGUGCUGGUUCCCCAAAGCCACAGAUGUCUCCUUUGUGGAAAAACUCAUGAGCACCCAAGGAAACCAUGUUAAAUUUGCAAAACCAAAACAACUAAAAGACAAGACAGAGUUUUCUAUUCUUCACUAUGCUGGGAAGGUGGACUAUAACGCCACAGCCUGGCUGACAAAGAACAUGGACCCUCUGAAUGACAAUGUCACAGCACUGCUCAACAACUCCUCCAGCUCAUUUGUGCAAGACCUCUGGAAAGAUUCUGACAGAGUGGUGGGUCUUGACACCAUUGCCAAGAUGUCCGACAGUUCGAUGGCCAGUGGAUCCAAGACCAAGAAGGGAAUGUUCCGCACGGUGGGACAACUCUACAAGGAGUCCCUCGCCAAACUCAUGACCACACUGCACAACACCCAGCCCAACUUUGUCAGAUGCAUCAUUCCAAAUCACGAGAAGAGGGCGGGGAAGCUGGAUGCCAACCUGGUUCUGGAGCAGCUCAGGUGUAAUGGCGUGUUGGAGGGGAUUCGAAUCUGCCGACAAGGAUUCCCAAAUCGAAUUGUCUUCCAGGAGUUUCGCCAGCGCUAUGAGAUUCUGGCAGCAAGUGCUAUUCCCAAAGGUUUUAUGGAUGGAAAACAAGCUUGCUGCCUCAUGAUCAAACAUCUGGACCUGGAUCCAAAUCUGUACAGAAUCGGGCAGAGCAAGAUAUUUUUCCGCACAGGAGUUUUGGCCCAGCUGGAGGAGGAGAGAGACCUAAAGAUAACUGUGAUCAUCAUUGCCUUCCAGGCCCAAGCUCGAGGCUUCCUGGCGAGAAAGGCAUUUGCAAAGAGGCAGCAGCAACUUACAGCCAUGAAAGUUAUUCAAAGGAAUUGUGCCGCCUACCUCAAACUAAGAAACUGGCAGUGGUGGAGACUCUUCACAAAGGUUAAGCCUCUUUUGCAAGUGACACGUCAGGAGGAGGAGAUGAGCCUAAAGGAGGAAGAGCUGCAGAAAUCAAAAGAAAAUGCUGCAAAGUAUGAAUCAGAGCUGAACGAGAUCACCUUGAAGCACACAACGAUUUUGGAGGAGAGAAAUGCGCUGCAGGAGCAACUUCAGGCUGAGACAGAGUUGUAUGCGGAAGCUGAGGAGAUGAGGGUGCGUUUGGCAGCUAAGAAGCAGGAAUUGGAGGAAAUCCUCCAUGAGAUGGAGGCAAGACUGGACGAAGAGGAAGAACGUUCCCAGACAUUGCUGGUGGAAAAGAAAAAAAUGCAACAGCAGAUGCAGGAAUUGGAAGAACAUUUAGAAGAGGAGGAGGAUGCGCGACAAAAGCUGCAGCUGGAGAAGGUCACUUGUGAAGGAAAGAUCAAAAAGCUUGAAGAUGACAUCCUGGUGAUGGAAGAUCAUAACAACAAACUGCUGAAGGAGAGAAAGCUGAUGGAGGAGAGGGUAGCAGACUACAGUGCUAAUCUGGCUGAAGAAGAGGAGAAGUCAAAGAACCUCACCAAACUGAAAAAUAAACACGAGUCCAUGAUAUCAGAACUGGAGGUCCGACUGAAGAAGGAAGAAAAGACUCGGCAGGAACUGGAUAAGGUGAAGCGUAAAUUAGAGGCCGAGUCAAAUGAUCUCCAGGAGCAGGUAGCGGACCUGCAGGCCCAGAUUGCUGACCUCAAAGCCCAGCUGGCAAAAAAAGAGGAGGAGCUACAGAAUUGCUUGGCCAGAUUAGAAGAUGAGACAGCUCAAAAGAACAACGCUCUAAAGAAAAUCCGUGAGCUGGAGGGCCACAUCUCUGACCUGCAGGAAGACCUCGACUCUGAGAGAGCAGCCAGGAAUAAAGCAGAAAAGAUCAAACGUGACUUGGGAGAAGAGUUGGAGGCUCUGAAAUCGGAGCUUGAAGAUACCCUGGACAGCACUGCAACCCAGCAGGAACUCAGAGCUAAACGUGAGCAGGAGGUGACCUUACUGAAGAGAGCCAUAGAGGAGGAGAACCGGACCCAUGAAGCCCAGAUACAUGAAAUGAGACAGAAACACACCCAGGCUGUGGAGGAGCUCACAGAGCAACUGGAACAGUCAAAACGAGUCAAGUCAAACUUGGAGAAGGCCAAACAAGCAUUGGAGAAGGAGACAUCUGAAUUAACCAUGGAGGUGCGCUCGCUCACUCAAGCCAAACAAGACGGGGAGAACAAGAGGAAGAAGUUGGAAGGUCAAGUGACAGAUUUACAAUCCCGCUUCAGUGACAGUGAGAAGCAGAAGGCUGAACUGGGAGAACGCUGCUCUAAGAUCACUGUUGAACUGGAGAGUGUGACAAAUCUACUGAAUGAAGCUGAGGGCAAGAACAUCAAACUGAACAAAGACGUUUCCAGUUUUAGCUCCCAACUCCAGGAUACACAGGAGUUGCUGGCUGAGGAGACGCGACAGAAGCUGCAGUUCUCUACGAAGCUUCGGCAGGCAGAGGACGACAAGAACAGUUUACAGGAGCAGCUCGAGGAGGAGAUGGAGGCCAAAAGGAAUGUUGAGAGACACGUUUCCACCCUCAACAUCCAGCUGUCAGAUGCAAAGAAAAAGCUGGAGGAAAUGUGCGGAAACGCUGAGCUACUGGAAGAAAGCAAGAAACGCCUGCAGAGAGAUUUGGAGGCAGCCAACACCCAGUUUGAGGAGAAAGCUUCUGCCUACGACAAAUUGGAGAAGACUAAAAACCGCCUGCAACAGGAGCUGGAGGACACACUGAUGGAUCUCGACAACCAGAGGCAGAAUGUUUCAAACCUCGAGAAGAAACAAAAGAAGUUUGACCAGAUGCUGGCAGAGGAGAAAUCUAUCUCGAGUAAAUACGCAGACGAGAGAGACCGAGCCGAGGCUGAGGCCAGAGAGAAGGAGACAAAGGCUCUGUCCCUGGCCAGGGCUCUGGAUGAGGCCCAGGAUGCCAGAGAGGAGCUGGAGAGAGCCCACAAAGCCCUCAGGGUGGAAAUGGAGGAUCUGAUCAGCUCAAAGGAUGAUGUUGGGAAAAAUGUCCAUGAGCUGGAGAAGUCCAAGCGAGGCUUGGAGGCCCAGGUGGAGGAGAUGAAAACUCAGCUGGAGGAGCUGGAGGAUGAGCUCCAGGCGGCCGAGGAUGCCAAACUUCGCCUCGAGGUCAACAUGCAGGCUCUGAAGGCCCAAUUUGAGAGGGAUCUGCAAGGGCGUGAUGAGAUGGGAGAGGAAAAGAAGAGACAGCUGGUCAAGCAGGUCCGUGAGUUAGAGACCGAGCUGGAGGAUGAACGUAAGCAGAGGGCCUCAGCAGCAGCAGCCAAGAAGAAGUUGGAGACGGACAUGAAAGAUCUGGAGGGCCAGAUCGAUGCAGCUAAUAAGGGACGAGAUGAAGCCAUAAAGCAGCUCCGAAAGAUUCAGGCCCAAAUGAAAGACUUCCAGAGAGAGCUGGAGGAUGCCCGUGCUGCCCGUGAGGAAGUGCUGACGACGGCAAAGGAGAGUGAGAGGAAAGCCAAGAGCCUGGAGGCUGAGUUGAUGCAGCUGCAAGAGGAACUGGCCUCUGCUGAGAGGGCACGGAAGCAAGCGGAGGCUGAAAGGGACGAGAUGGCAGAUGAGCUAGCGAGCAACUCCUCUGGAAAGUCAGCCUUGUCCGACGAGAAGCGUCGCCUGGAAGCUAAGAUCUCCCAGCUGGAAGAGGAACUCGAGGAGGAGCAGAGCAACAUGGAGAUCCUCAACGACAGGCUGAGGAAGAGCACGCAACAGGUGGAUCAGAUAAACAACGAGCUGCAAACAGAGCGCUCGGCCUCCCAGAAGAACGAGAGCGCCCGGCAGCAGAUGGAGCGCCAGAACAAGGAGAUGAAGGCCAAGCUCAGCGAGAUGGAGAACCAGGUCAAGUCCAAGUUCAAAUCCUCCAUCGCCGCUUUGGAGGCGAAGGUGGCCCAACUGGAGGAGCAGCUGGAGCAGGAGAGCAGGGAAAAGCAGGCUACUGCCAAGAGUGUGCGCCAGAAGGACAAGAAGCUCAAGGAUGUGAUGAUGCAGGUGGAGGAUGAAAGGAAACAGGCAGAACAGUACAAAGACCAGGCCGAGAAGGCCAACACACGCAUGAAGCAGCUGAAGCGGCAGCUGGAGGAGUCGGAGGAGGAGUCUCAGCGAGCCACAGCCGCCCGCAGGAAACUGCAGCGGGAGCUGGAUGAAGCCACCGAGGCCAACGAUGCCAUGAGUCGCGAGGUCAACUCUCUCAAGAGCAAACUCAGGCGUGGGAACGAGCCCUCCUUUGGCAGCACACCUCGGCGUAUAGGUGGAGGUCGGAGGGCAGUUGAGGAUGCGUCUGAGGAGGAGGCGGACUCCCAAAGUGACUUCAAUGGAAAGUCAGCAGACUGAGAGAUGAGACGUCAACGAAGCGGAUAUUAGAAUCUCCUGACAAUACUGCCUCUUGAAAAUGGAGGUUAACUUUUUCCACCCUCCCCCCAAUCACCC